CGCGGGACCCUGGUGGUGGCACCCAAAUUUCCAGCACCUCCAUCAGAAGCUGCCCAGCCCAACAGAAAAGGACCUCACCAUGGGACAAAAUGUCACCCAAAUGAAGACCUCUAGCCUUUGGUCAAUCCUGCAAAGAGCCUGUCCCUCUGCUUCACGCAGCUGACCACAGAUAACUGGGAGGAGAACAUGGAUGGAUUGAAAUCUGUUCGAGCUCUGGCACGACACCAUCCAGAACACCUGCAGCCCAAACUGCCUGAAGUCUGCCUGGUCCUCACAGAAGCCGUGAAUAACCUGCGCUCUGCUGUGGCCUGUUCUACAAUUAGCACCCUAGCAGAGCUCCAUACCCACCUAGGGAGGGCCAUGGACACCGAGGCACGGUGGACAGGCCGCGUCCUGCUGCUGAAGUUGGCCCAGACAACCAACGCCUUCAUUCACCAGCAGGCUAACCUCGCCCUGGAUGCGCUGGUGGAGGGCUGCAGCACCAGUAAAGUAUAAUU